ACGACGUGUCUCGCGGCCAAUGAAGUCACGUGGCUUGUCGGCAUCGUCAACGACAUCUCGCUCGUCUGGACCCAAGACCACACGAUCGCGUACGCCACCAUCAACAGUCUGCUCAUGUGGCUCAUCUCGGCACUGCUGGCGACACUGGCGCCGGUCCAGGCCACCAUCACAGUAUCUCCAACUUGUGAGAUUGCUACAUUGGACUACCAAGUGGUGUGUGUGGCAGGCAGUGUCGUGAUUGGGUCGUUGGAGCGACUACUGACGCUGGUGGGUCUGGUGAUUGUCUGCAACGGCGUCUGCUUUGGUCUGGUGCGUUGUCUCUGGAAACGGCCGCAUCCACAUGUGAGCUCGUCGAUGCUGCUCUGCGGCGGGGCCAAGUACCUCUUCAGUCACGACGGCUGGCUGGACGAGGAUGGAACGUACUUUUUGGACCGUGCGUCGGCGGUUCUGAAUGGACUAUUGAGCGUUCGGUAUCAAAAUCAGUGGGUCGUCUUUGACGUCAAGACGUGGUGCGUCCACAAGCUCGAGGUCGCGAGUCAUCGUCGGGCGCAGAUGUGCGACUCGAGACGAAGCAUAUCCAGUCGCUUUGCCAUGGCACUAGCACUUGAGGAUCGCUAGUGUAAAAGUGUUGCUAAGACCCUCUGUAAUAGUACAACUUGUACUCCAGUG